AACUCUUCAUCCCACAGACUUCCUCCCAGCACAUUCCUGCACUCCACCUGCGUCCACACUGCUCCACAGACCCAGACCCUGUGUCUUGAGCCCACCUCAGCCCCUCUGUAAGCCCCUCUGGGUCUUGCCACAGUGCCAGCAAGUGGCCCUGGGCUGGGGGCUGGGGGCUCCCUACAAGCCACGCAACCCUGAGACCUCAGAGGGCCACCCCUCGAGGGUGGCCAGGCCCCCGGCGGCCCACACGAGUGCCACCUUUGCCUCCAGCCCUGCUGGUCCCUGAUCCCACUAGCUCCCCAGAUGCCUGGCUGAGACCCAGCAGUGGUUCAAACUGCCCCCGCCUCCUCCUGGCCCCUGAGGUUGCCACUGCCACAGGCGACUCCUUGGACACCAGGCAGCUAACGGACGCAGACGCUGGCCUGAGCAGAAGCGGCAUGAGCAGCGCCAGCCCGGGCCUGAGCAGCGUGCCUCCCAGCCGCCUCCUGCUGUCCCCCAACACUGUAUUUCGGACAGGCCCGGAGAAGGUAACAGUGGGGGGCCCCGAGAGACGGGACUGGAGCCCCAGUCCACCUGCCACACCUGAGCAGGGCCUAUCUGCCUUCUACCUCUCCUACUUGGACAUGCUGUACCCCGAGGAGAGCAGCUGGGCCGCCAAGGGCCCUGGGGCCAGCACUCGGGAUGAGCCACCUGAGGAGCCUGAGCAGUGCCCUGUCAUCGACAGCCAAGCCCCUGGGGGCAGCCUGGACUUGGCGCCAGGUGGGCUGACCCUGGAAGAGCACUCGCUGGAGCAGGUGCAGUCCAUGGUGGUGGGUGAGGUGCUCAAGGACAUUGAGACAGCCUGCAAGCUGCUCAACAUCACUGCAGACCCUGUGGACUGGAGCCCUGGCAACGUGCAGAAGUGGCUCCUGUGGACAGAGCACCAGUACCGGCUGCCUCCCGUGGGCAAAGCCUUCCAGGAGCUGGGGGGCAAGGAGCUGUGCGCCAUGUCAGAGGAGCAGUUCCGCCAGCGGUCACCCCUGGGCGGGGAUGUGCUGCACGCCCACCUGGACAUCUGGAAAUCAGCGGCCUGGAUGAAAGAGAGGACUUCUCCGGGGGCAAUUCACUACUGCGCCUCGACCAACGAGGAGAGCUGGACGGACAGCGAAGUGGACUCAUCCUGCUCUGGGCAGCCCAUACACCUGUGGCAGUUCCUCAAGGAGCUGCUGCUCAAGCCCCACAGCUAUGGCCGCUUCAUCCGGUGGCUCAACAAGGAGAAAGGCAUCUUCAAAAUCGAGGACUCCGCCCAGGUGGCCCGGCUGUGGGGCAUCCGCAAGAACCGCCCUGCAAUGAACUACGAUAAGCUGAGCCGCUCCAUCCGCCAGUAUUACAAGAAGGGCAUCAUCCGGAAGCCGGACAUCUCCCAGCGCCUCGUCUACCAGUUUGUGCACCCCAUCUGA